AUGGGUACUUUUGCCGAAAUUGAACUCCCAAAAGGUUACACAGUCGCUUUCUUGUAUGAUUUUUUAAAGAAAUCUGGAGUUCCCGUUAGCCUAAUAAACCUAAAAGUCUUUAGAUCCGCAUAUAAUUCUUGUAACUUUACACAUUUUCACGUUUUUAUAGGUGAUUCCUUGUCCUUCCUAGACAAAUUCCUUUCUGAACAUCUGAAGAAAUCGAACACAUUUAAACACAGUUUUAUCAUUUUUGAUAAAUUCGAUCUCUGGCCUUCAUGUUCAUCAGAAUAUCAAGUAAACAAACUUGACGAUAACAAUAGUAAAUCUGAACACAAUCGUAAUAAUAGAGUAAAAAGUAAUAACCCAUACGUUAAGUUGUUAAGGUUGAGUGAAGGGGUAGAGGAAAGAGUUGAAAAGUGUAGAAUAAAUUGGGUAUACAAAUUCUUUUAUUGGAUUAGAUUUUCAGUUUUAUAUCUUUUGGAGGAACAACAGGAACAUAGUUUGGUUUGUCUGUGCCUUUACGGUGACCCGUUUAACUCUAAGCCUUUCUAUAAUGAUAUUUUCACACAAAAAUUUUUAUUGAAAGAGUUCAUCAAUUUCAUAGCCGAAUUGAAUAUUAUAGAGCAUUUUGAAGGAGAUUUGGAGGAAAUAAGGGAUAAAAAAGAGCAAGUAGAUGAGAGCUCAAAAAACAACAUAGAAGUUGUAAAGAGGAUAUCAGAAUUUCUGGAUACCUAUAAACCAAAAGAUUCAAACACGAACAUUGAUAUAAAUGGUCACCAAAAAUCAGUUUACGAUAAAAUAGAUAAAGAUAUAAGGAUAUUAAAUUUAUAUAUACCAUUUGAAGUGGAUAUAAAGUCACUUGAGUUGGGCAGGGUUACGUUAAUCUGUGGUCCCGAGUCAUCAGGGAAAACUGUGCUGUUGAGAUCAAUUGCAAAAUCUUGGUAUCAUUUGACUAAUUCCAAUCACACGAGUAUUGAAUUAGAUUAUAGAGAAGAUAACACGACCGCUGAGUCGUGUGGCUAUGUUAUAAAUAUAGACUUCAAUGAACUGCUGAGCGAGUUGGUUGGAGUUUCAGAAUUAUACCUAAAGAAUAUAUUUGUUAAGGCCAAGUAUAACAAGCCCUGCCUGGUGGUGUUUGAUGGAAUUGAAUGCUUGCUUACGAAGGUUAAUAUUGAAGAAGAAAGACAAGUGGCAGUCACAGUCGCCAACAUUUUAUUAAACCAGCUAUAUAAUCUAGACAUUGAUAUUAAAUUUUUGACCUCUACAUCAGGUGAUACAGACAUUUCUAAACUUCACAGUUCAUUUCUUAACAUUGUAGACACUCUAAUAGUGUUACACAAAUCUUGA